AUGUUAAUUAAUGGAGCGAUUACCACCAUCCGCUCCGGAGAGGAGCCUGGAGAUGAUGAUGUAGUCUCGUCAACAAAUGCCCCAGGUGGUGGAACGAUAGUAUCGUCACGUGACGAGAAAGGGCAGAUCCAUGUAAGAGUCGAGUAUGAUCGUAAUCAGAUACUUCGCUCCGCCCACUCACCGUAUUCCCUGCUGCCACCCGCAUGUUUGAAGAGCAUUGUGAUGAACACGUCCGAAAUCCUGAGUCGCUUCCCACAGCGGCAUGGCAUUAAUCUCACUCCUACUUGUGAGGUUGCAGCUUCGUGA